CCUCGGGUGUUAUUUUAGUUCUCGGGGUGCUUUUAUGCACUAUUACCCUGAGAGACAUGCGUUAUUUUUAUAAUGACACAUUUGUAUUUGUAACUUGACAGACAGUCAUUAGAAUGUAUAAAUGCUUAAAUAGGAUAUCAUAAAGAUAUUAGAUCAGAGAAUGUGAUAUUAGAAACAUUUUUAGUUUAAAUAAUGUCUUUUAUGUAAUUUUCAAUCAGCUGUUUGUCUAAAAUGUGACAAUAACAGACGCUUUCAAUAUAUACUUACCUCAAUGUUUAUCACUAUUAACGUUUUUCAUAAAAUGUAUUUUUUUUGCGUGUACCAUUCACCUAACAUUUCUAUGCAGCAAGUACCUGAAUUGAUUAAGUUGAAACGUGUUUUAUUAUUUAUCAAUAGAAAGAAACGGGAAUUAUCUACAACUUUGACAACUGUGUAAACUUCAUAGAUUUAUUUCUUUUCAUACAACAGGCGAUGGUUAUAAAUUACAAUCGAGCCAUUUAACAAGUGAUUGACCUAUUUUUUUAUCAAAAUAAUUUUUCAAAACUGCUGCAUGCAUUUUACAAUAUUUCUUAACAACUAAUAACCGAUCCAUUAUUGAUUUUCAAAAAUGGCGACGCAAUACGGACCUUUUAUAGGAGUGGUGGCGGAAAAUAUAAGCUAUGCUUCAAAGUUAAUUGCUGAAAGUAGUAACACGGAAGACAAUGAGAGUCAUAGAGAACUUGGAUCAGCAUUGAAUCAAUGGCAAAAGCCAAUAACAGAAUUUGGCAAUAACUGUUUCCCAGAUUGGGUUGUUAAUCUAAAAACAUCGCCUUAUAUAGGUGAAAUAGAUUUCGGAAGAAAGGAAUGGGCUCGUUCGCGAGAAGCAGUUGAUGCUGUAAUGGAUUUGCUUCUGAAAGAGUUGCGAUUUAAAGCUUUGACCGACUAUGAGCACCUACGUAUAGAUUCCUACAUUCGCCAAGGCAGUUCAAGAGAUGGCCUGAAAGUAAUCAAACCAGACGAAUUUGAUACUAUCCUUGAGUUUCACAUCGAGGGAUUACAAUUUUUAGAGCAGCCCAUUUACAAAAAUAAAAAAUAUGUCCCUGGUUUUUGUUACCUCAAGGUAGACGCAAGCGGUAAAGUUAUACCGGAUCGAUAUCCAAAGCUUUGGCAUGAGAAAGUAUUUGAAGAAAAGAAUGGCACCAUUUAUUUAAGUUCUCGUAUGAUUCAUCAAGGUGUAUUUGAGUCACUGAUUGACAAAUCUUGCCGCGCUAUUGAAGAGAAAAUAGAAGCAAUGCAACGCUGUAAAAAGGUGAAUUUUCAUAUUACCAGAAAAAUGAAUCCUCCUGCUGUUAAUAUAACGAUACAUCUUGACGACGACGCAAACGAUUUGUUUAUGAGGCAAUGUCAAAUCAGAAACCGUACUGAUGUUGUUCGGGAAAUUGACUUAGAUAUCGUUCCUGCCCUACGUUUAAGGGUAGACAGUCAAACCAUAUAUAAUGGCAGUCCUGUUAACGCCGUGAUACACGCUGUCUGCAAGUGGAAAGAGGAGGAUGCUGCAAAGUCUUUAGAAAUCGCUGACCAAGGUUUGGUAUGGCACAUUAAUUCAGCUGGCUACGAAAGGUACAUUUUAGAUGUUGCCAGAACUGAUCAGAAACAGAAAUACAUACUCACUGCUCUACGCAUACUGAAGACCUACUUUACAAAAGCAAAGACAAUUGCAAAAAAUGAAAACAUGUCCCCGCCUCCUAUUACAACAGUGCUGAAAUCGUAUCACCUCAAGCAGAUAGCAUUGUAUAUGAUUCUGUAUACCUGUCAUCUAUACCCGGAUAUGAGAAUCAAUGAUGUGGAACGAGCUCUUCUCCUGUUUCUGAAUAUAUUGCAUAUUAGUUUGGAGGAUAAGCAUUUACCGCAUUUCUUUUACUCCAAUUCUAAGAUUGGUCACAUGUUUCUCAAUUACCCUACACACAAUGAUGCUCUUCGUUUUGAUCUGUACCGGAAAAUUCCGAAUGAAUCACUGAACCAAGCUGAGCUUUCAUAUAAAAAGCAUCUUCCUGCAGCUUUGGGAUUCUAUUUAGCCUACGGUGAUGAAGACAUCGGGAAGCUAAGGUCGGAGAUUUCAUCUGAGAUAGGGAAGGGCAUUUUCUUUUGAUAUGAUGUGGACAUACGACUCAAUAUUUGAUAUUUCAUGGACAAAGAAAGAUUUACGGCUCAAUUUUUGAUAUUUCAUGGACAAAAAAAAGAUUUUUGAUUGUUUUAAAAAGAUAAACUUUAAAUUCUAUUGAACAGAACAGAACAACACUUAUUAACUCUAGUUAAAUAUAGCAACACAAGAGUGUACAAUACAUGGUAUAUCAAUAUAUAAUAUAAAAAGUAACAUGGCAACUGAGCAACUGAAAAAAGUACCAUCGAUUUUUUUAUUAUUUGAACAUCUUAUUAUUACUCUAGGAAUGGCUGUUAGUCGUUAAAUUGACUGUCGUAUCCACAUUUGUGAAAGGCACGGAAUCCGGCGUCCGGUGUAACACGUAGUGAUGCUGUUGAGACAAAAUGCUUGUCUUUUUGUCGUGAUUCCUAAUCGCGCAUUGAUUGGCUGUAUUUAUCUACGUUAUCUGCCUCGUUAUUGCUGCUAGAAUUGUCGUCUGUUAACAUUUCUGAUUGUUUGCAACGUGUCAUAUAUUUUUUGUAAUGGUAUCUCCUUUAGCCGACGUGCGUUCUAUGUGACGUGACAUUUGCAUAACGUUUUGCCAAAGUGAAAAUUUAUCUUGCACUACUCUGUUUUUCACAAAAAGUUUGCGGGGUAGCCAAUAUAAACAGUUUUAGUGGGAUUUUUGACCGCUCUUCAUUGCAUUUAGGCCAGAUGCGUGACCUUGCUUCAACAAAUUCCUUGGGAUAAUCUUUGUUUAUGCCAAAGUUGUAUUUACCUUUGAAUUUAUACGAGAUAAAAUAUGCUCAACAGUUCGAUAAUCAUUGAAACAGGUUAUAAUUGGCCGUGUCUUCCCCGGGUUCACUUUUCCAAGCAGAUGAGCACGUAUUACACAAAUAUUAGUAAGGUCAAUAUCAAGUUCAUCACGAAGAAAUGAUAUUACAAGCGAAUCACAAUUUUCGGAUAAAUAAAUUUCCUUUAUACCUCGGAAAACUAAGGUAUUUUACGGUUACGAGUUACAGCGUCAAUACUUUUAUAUUCAAGGGGUUUGGCUCUCCUAUUUAGCUGCACAUUAGCAUCAGACAGAUUUACAAUAUCGUCUUCAACAUUUGAUACACGUGCAUUUAAAUUAUCUGUGUUAUUGUUUGUACACGUCAGCAUUUAAAACAGUGUCACGAGUUUAUCAUCCAAGUUCAUAGAUUUAAACUGUUCAAUAGAAAAGGGGUCAGACUUACACCUCUAUAUUUGCUCAUUAUAGGUUCCACCAGUGGAACGCCUUUGCCUUUUGGAGCUUUGUUUGGUUUUAGUACGCCAGUCGUAUGGGUCAAUGUCACCGCCGCCAUGAUGUUCCCCCCGUGCACGAGCAGAGCUGGAUGCAAAGUGCCUAUUUAACUCCAUAAUUUCUGCUUGUUUUUCCAUUUUUAGAGUUCACCACCAAGUUUAACUAUAAAUCCACUGUUUUAUCCAGAAAACAGUUAAAAUAUAAAAUCCAAGACUAGAAAAACAAUCAAAACUAAUAAGAGCUAAAUUGACCGCUCCGUCCAUCACCAUGUCACGUGAUACACAUUAUUAUUAAAUUAUAGUUUUGGGUUCAUCGAAUUGAACUUGUUUCAUAGUAUGCUAAAUGACAAUUCGACAAGAGCGUAGAUAUGAGUAUCUUGUUCAGUUCUUGACAGAACACAUCUCAGACGUAUACAUUUAUAAGAAACGAUAUAAAGCGAUUUUCAAAAACAAAUGCAGUAGUUUUAUGAGCUAAGACACGCAUACUGUAAAGUAAAACAUGUCGGCAACAAAAUAGGAAUAUAGUUUGAACAACUAGUAACUUGUAUAAUUAUAUAGUUUGAUAGUUUGCGAUUGUUCUUCAACAUAAAAGACACAUUUUCUAUCAUAUAGAUAAAAACUUUCUUUUCGAUUUUUAUCAUAAAUAGAUAGCUAAGUCUUGCAAAAUGACAAGAAAUGUCUUGAGAGCAUCAUUGAGAGUAAUUCUACUGGAUUAAUUUUUAAUAUAAAAUAGUUUAACUUAAAACGCCAACCUCGCAAAAUGAUAAAAAGUUUUCCUUAAAGACACGUUAUGCCCCAGAAUGCUUUAAUUUUGCUGUGCAGUUAUAUUUCUUAAAACAUACUAUUCGGCUAAUUAUGUGAACCAUCUUUUGUUCUGUUGCUUUUUUGUAAAUAUUGAUAAAAGAGUGAUGUAUGGAAGUCAAAAUACUUCUUUGUUUACUAUUACUAUUAAGGCACAAAUUUGUCUAGGGAGUAUAUCUCUUGGCGGAGCUCUUGUUUUUCUUUUGGUUUUGGCCAUGUACAUAUAAAACAUAUUUACCUUUUCUAUGUAAUACGUGUGUAGUGUCAAAGUUUGCAAAGGCCGAAAUUGUUCUUUCUUGAUUAGUGUAUGAAACUUUUAUAUUAAAAUGAUGUUGCAGGAUAGAUACACCAAGGUUUUAAUUUCAUUAUGUUAAGGCGUUCGAUAAAGCCAUUUAUGGACUAUAAUAUUAAGGGUUUCAUCCAUUACAUAUUAAACAAAAUGAAUACUAAAAUAGUAACAAUAAUAAACAUUGACAUUGAACGGGCUAGUUGCUAGGGCAAUAACUGCAUACCAUUGCCUUAUUCUUGAACAAUAACUCCGUAUUAAUGUAGCAUUGUACUUUCCACCAAUAUUUCUAACCAAAUGCUUCUUGUAGAUAAUGUUUUUAGUAAUUUGAUAUGACUUGUUUGUUUGGUUGGUUGGUUGGUUGGUUGGUCGGUCGGUCGGUCGGUCGGUCGGUUAUUAUAUGUUAAAGAGUUUGAAUAAUUUAAAGUCUUGUGAAAUGUUUAACUUUAAGGUAAAGAUAAAUUGUAAAAAUAUCGAAAAAGUAUAACUCAAUGCACAGAAGAGACAUGGCUUUCGGCUUUUCUUUUUAUACACAAUUUACGAUAAUGAGCUAAAAACAAAGAAAAAAUUGAAACAAUAUCACUAAGGCACUCAAAAUAGUGAAGUUUUGCAAUGCUAUGAAUUGUGUGUAGCUUAACCAUUUGCUAGUUCAGUGACAAUUUUUACAACACCUUCCAUGUUGUGUAAAUUAUAUAGUCUUUUGCUCUUUCUCACAGAUCCUUUUUGCUUAUUUUUCAUUGCAGCGGGUGUUUAUAGGGCGUAAUCACAGUAGAUAAAUGUACUCUAUACAAUGCAAUGUUUACCAUGUAACACAUGUUACAUCCGAUCACUGAUACCUAUAUAUUUAAACUUUUUUCGGAUAUUACAUGGAGUAGAGUGUUAAUGUAUCUAAGGUAACAAGUUAUUCUUUGAUUGAGUUAUAUAAUGCGAGAGUUUUCCGGUAAGACUCAAAAGUUUAAUUUUAUCCAAUUAAUGUAUGUGUUAGCUGGAACAUUGAUUUGUUAGGACGUACAUAGCUAUCGGAUCGAUACAAAUCCGCAACCAGCUGUAAUUUUACGGCUAAUUGCAAAACGUGUUUUUUUCACUCGGUGCACGGAAAUCAAUAAUGACAAUCAGUUACAUAAUAAAUAGGACGCAUUCACCCAUUUAUAUCACAACAAAAGAAUUAUACCUUGUAUUUUAAACGGAUAUAGAAAUUUAAAGAACCUUUGCAGAUCGUAUGUUGAUAAAAAAAAUUAAAAUAUUGACAGGUAAAGCGUGCUCCGAAAGAAAGCAGAUAAAAGAGUGCCUUCUUUAAAAUGUGUGUCAUUAUUAUUUCCAUGUUUAAUUAUUGCGUUUCAUUUUUAGUCAGUUAAAUAUCUGUACUGACUCAACUGAAAUUCGUCUAUUUUCAAUCCCCUUCCUACAUUUCUUGUCAAUUUAGGUUAAUAUUAGGUAAAGUAGUAUUCAUUUGUUGAUGUCGUGUUAGAAUCGAAAUGAUAUAUCCAAAUCGGUGAUUUUAUCGCUUGAUAAAAACACUAUUUGGGAUAUAUAAUUUCUUAAUCACAUGUCUGACCUUAAUUUCCUAAUCAAUUAUUUACGUCAUAUCUGGUUUUCAAAAAAUUCCUUUCCUAUAUUGCGCAGUACAUAAAAUAACAAAAUGGCGACACAAUUCGGACCGUUAUCAGGGGUAUUGUCGGAGUAUAUAAGUAAUGUUUCAAGAAGAAUUGCUGAAAGUCUAUAAACUUUGAGCUAAUUUGUAUUGUUGUUCUAUAGUUGUACAGUAUGUGUAGGUAAUCCGAAUCUAAGGCAAUCCGAUUCACAUAAUUUUAUUUCUUUUUUAUUCACCAAUAUAAACAAAAUGAUACGUUCCUAAUGUUCUCAUUGACAAAAGAAUCAGUUGAUAAAGUUUUUAAAAAAAAAAUCAGCACUUGUGUGUAAGGAAAUAUAUGUUUUAAGUGAUCCAGAACUACUUGAAUGACAAGAUGUUUAGAUAACCUUUGUUUUAAAAGAAGGCCUUAAUAUUUUCAAAUGAGCUUUUCUGUAGUUACUGUUAAAUGUUUGUCUAAUGUUUUGAAAUAAUCAAUUAAAUAUUUUUCAUGUUGAUUUCUAUUUUUUCUUCAUCAGUUUUUGAUAUAAAGAUUUCAAGAAAACUGUGGUAAGCCGUGUGACAAUUCUGCGAUUUUUAGAUCAUGUUUCUUUGAGAUUAUUUUUAUUAUGUUAUAUGAAUGUUACAACCAAAAGCACCCCAAAAUAUUGCAAAAAUAACGCUUAUCAUAAGGUGAUUCUGAUUGCCUAGUACACUGACUGUAUAUGUUCAUCCUUUUCUACAACGCAUGUGUUUAAGAAACAAAUACAACUUGGUGUUUGUGUUGUGUGUGAGCGCGCUCGUGCGUGUGUCUGUGUUUGUCCACGUGUGUGUAUGUACCUGUGUUCUCAAGCGCGGGGAGGGGGUAAUUUGUGUAACGGAUAUGCCGUUGCUGUCCUUAUUGUUGAAUGUAUUGGAGAAAUACAAAGAAAAUGUCAUUGCAUUGGUAUUUUUAUUUACGACAUACAUAUUUUGUUGUGGUUUAAGCAGAACAAUAGCAUUAUAUUAUCAUUCAAGGUUUUCUACAUAAAAUAAUUUCAGUUUUUUAGUCUAAACUGCGUUAGUUUACAUCGUAAAUUAAAAGAACAUGAAUACCUUUUGGAUCUUUUUGUGUCACCUAUACAGAGUAGUGGCGACAUAUAACGAUCACUUCUCCGUUGUCUGUCCGUUCAUCCGUUACAAAACUUGUUAGGACUACUCCUCAGACACAGAAAUGAUCAUUACUGAGUCUAGUUGUGCAAAAUAUCGGCAUUAUCCGGUUCAAUGAUUUUUUUGGCAAAGUUAUCGACCUUACAUGCUGUUCAUUUCAAAAGUUUGUCCGGACUUCUCUUCUUAUACCACUUAUGCACUUCCAAUUAAACUUAUCAGGAUUGAUCUUUAGCUUAAGUCCUUGUGCAUAUUACAUGGGUUUUCCGGUUGAAUGAUUUUGGUCGAGUAAUGGCCCUUGAAUAAAAGGUGUUUUUGUGAGUGUUUCCAGCUACACAGAAACUUGCCCGGACUGUUUCUCGGAAACUAGUAGUGCAGUUUCAUCAAAACUUCACAGGAAUGGUUUUGUUAGGAGUUAUGGCCCUUUAAUUAUUUUCAUUUUAAAAGUUUAUCCGGACUACUCCUCUUAUACCACUAAUACAGUUUCAUUGAAGCUUUACAGAAUUGAUCAGUAUCUCAUGUACUUUGAAAUAACACACGAGUUUUCCGCUUGAAUGAUUUUUUGGCCGAGUUAUUGCCCUUAAUAUAAAAACGCGUAUUGUCCUGUUAAUAAUUUUUCUGUUUCCUGCUACCCAGUAGCUGCAACAUGCAAUUGGCUAAUAUGAGGCGACACAUGUGAUCACUGAUCGCGCUUUAUUGUGAAAAUGAUUCGUGUUUCAAGGAUAGAGUUUAAGAGGUCAUUUGUUAUUGCCACUCAUAUGUACUUGUACAGACAUAAUCAAACUGUGUAUUCAUAUAUUAUAGUUUUUGAAAAGUCUACUCUUUAUCUACAACUGUGUUAAAUUUGAAGCUUGUUUUAUGUCGGUAUGUAUUUUUUGUUUAAUAAUAUAAUCGGACAUUAUAUGUUUAAGACUUCAUAAACAUUUUAUUUGAUAUAAUAUGAUCAAAGCAACUGUUUUGUGUUCUUCUUUUUUAAUUUUAUCAAUAUAUUUUACAUAUAUCAAAAGGAUGACAAUGUGAGUCAAGUUGAACAUGGAUCAGCAUUGAAUCAAUGGCAAAGACCAAUAUCAGAAUUUGGCUCUAGGUGCGAUGGGAUGUAAGUUUGCUGUUGAAAGAAUUGCAAGUAAAAGCUUGAACCGACUACCAAUAUCUAGGUGUUGAUUCCUACAUUAGCUUAGGCAGUUCAUGAGAUGGCCUGAAAGAUAUCAAACUGGAUGAAUAUGAUACUGUUCUGGAGUUUCGCAUCGAGGGAUUACAUUUUUCAGAGCAGCACAUUUACAAAAGUGGAAAAUAUGUUCUUGGUUGUUGUUACCUCAAGGUAGACGAAAGCAGUCAAUAUUUACAGGGUUGGUUUGCAAAGCCUUGAAGGGAAAGGCUAUUUGAAGAAACAGAUUGCACUUUCUUUUUAAGUUCCCGUAAGCUUCAUCAAGGUGUAUUUGAGUCACUGAUUGGCAAAUCUUGCCGCUCUAUUGAAGAGAAAAUAGAAGCAAUGCCAUGGUCCAGAAAAGGAAAUGUUCAUAUCAACAGAAAAAUUAAUCCUUCCGCUGUGAACAUAACGAUACAUCUUGACGACGAUGCAAACGAUUCAUGGCCAAAUCAGAAACCGUUCUGACAUCGUUCGAAAAAUUGAUUUAGACAUUGUUCCUGCCAUACGUUUAAGGGUAGACAGUCAUACCAAAUAUAAUGACCGCCCUGUUAACGCCGUGAUAUACGCUGCCUACAAAUGGAAAAAAGAGGAUGCUACAAGAUCUUUAGAAAUUGCAGACCAAGUUUUGGUUUGGCAUAUUAACUCCUACCAUCUGAAGAAGAUAGCAUUAUAUAUGAGCAUGUAUACAUGUCAUCUUUAUCCGCGGAUAAAAAUUGAUGGUUUCAGAAGAGCUUUAGUUUUAUUCCUUAAGCUUUUGCAAAAGAGUUUGGGGAAGAGACACUUUCCGCAUUUCUUUUACUCCAGUUCUCAGAUCAGCAUCAAAUGUUCUACAAUUAUCCUUCAAAUAGUCAUGCUCUUUGUUUUUAUCUGUACCGGAAAAUUCCAAAUGAAUCACUUCGUCAAGCUUAGCUCUCGUAUGAAAAUCUUCUUCUCAAAGAUAUUGGGUUUGAGACAGGUUGUGAGAACCACGAAGCGGGUACACUAAGUACGGACAUUUCCAAUUGAAUUUGGUAAAGGAUUCUACAUUUGAAUAAACAAUUAGUUGGAGGCGUGUUUAUCGAUUUCAAUCUGAUAAUGAUAGACUUAUUUCCAAACAUAUCUUGUGUAAACUGUGGAUCUAAGUUUUAUAUAGUUUUUACAUUAUUUGUGUUUGACACAAAAGUUAUUCAAUACAUAGAUCAAAGAAAGAACUUAUUUGUUCCAUAAGAUUAAUGAAGGAAAUAGACAAAACAUAAUGUAAAUAUUUUAUGCAACAUUUCAAAAUUAAACAGGUGCAUUAUAAGACCUUCAAUCAACAUAUUGUAAUAAUUUUGAAACCAUUUUCAGUAAUUUAAUCAUUUUCUGAUUCUUUCCUUAAAUUAAUUAAAUAAUUAUAUUGCUAUUGUGUAGAUGUAUAAUUAUUUUGCUAUUGUGUAGAUGUAUUUAUACCGUGUGUAUUGCAGAUAAUUGAAUGGAACACGAAUACUCACCUUAAGUUUAUUGAUAACAGUAUAUAAAGUUUUGAAAAUAAACAAGUAUUAAUAGGCAUUUUGAACGAGACACUCAAACAACGUCAAAUUGGGUCACGUGUAUUGGUGUUUUACCCUUUGCACGUUAAUGACCAGAAAUGUUUCUCAUGGAAUUGAGGGAUUUCUGUAUCGGUUCGCUUAAAAGGGGUAACUAAUAAAUUUGUUGCCCAUAAGGACUUAUAGUGGCAAUUACAGCAACAACCAGUUUGAGAUGUUUUUUUAUUAAAUUUUCUAAAUUUAACAUUUAUAUGACGUUAUCUAUGUAUCACUGUUGCCAUUUCUUCAUAUAAACAACCUAGUAUUCUUCAAUAUUCAAAUAUGUUGGCAGUAAUACAUCAUCGGAGAGGCAUAAACAUGCUUUAACGAAUAAAAUCACGCGCGAAUGCUCAGUCAUUGCAUUUUAUCAACUAAAAUAAUAAAUUCUGAAGAGAAACAUUGUAAAACUCUUAGAUUUAUUAUUAUAGGUUAAUUGUGUACAUCAUGGCAUCAAUCUAAAGAAACAAUCUUUUACAAAUGAAGUUUUUUGUUUGUUUGAUGGUUUUGCUUGUUGUUGUUUUUUCAAUCUUCGUUUUGUUAAAGUAGGUCUUCAAAAUGCGCAGAGCGGUGAGUUGUUGGUAAUUUCUAGCAACAUCCAAGUUGUAUCUGUCAUAUCCAGAUGAACUAAUAUGCCAAACCAAAUGUUGGUCCGCAAUUUUCAAGGAUUUUGCAGCAUCUUCA